UCGAAAUAGCCAAAUAGCUAUUUCGCGCUGUUUGAGAUUUGUUCGAAAACUUUCAACUUUGAAAAUUCCAAGAAAACCGAAUGAUUUUUUUUUUGUGGUUAAUUAAAUUCCGGUAAAAAUGGAUAUCAAACAAUUGGAUCCACAAACUGUACGGCGAAUUUGUUCUGGCCAAGUGAUUGCAUCAAUGUCAUCGGCUGUAAAAGAAUUGAUUGAAAAUGCAUUGGAUGCAUCGGCAACAUCGAUCGUUAUACGAUUUAUCGAACAGGGAAAAGAUUCCAUAGAAAUAAUCGAUAAUGGUUGUGGUAUUGAUGCCGAUAAUUUUCCUUUAUUAUGUCGACGUAAUUGUACAUCAAAAUUAUUGGAAUUUAAUCAGCUAAAUUCUGUAAAUACAUAUGGAUUUCGUGGCCAAGCAUUGAAUUCGCUAUGUAAUCUAUGUGAACUGCAGAUUCAUACCCGACAUUCAAAUCAGCAAAUCGGUACUGUUAUUCAAUUUGAUUCGAAUGGUGAAAUUAUCACCCAAGAGAAUAGCCCACGUGAAAUCGGUACAACCGUACGGUUGGUAAAUCUUUUCAAACAACUUCCCGUACGAAGAAAACAAUUAUGUCAAAAUCUUCGUCGAUCAUUCGAUAAGACAUUGGCAAUAAUUUAUGAAUAUUGUAUUGGUAUUAUUGGUUUUCGUUUAUCCACUUGGCAUUAUCGUAAUGGUUCAUAUGAAAUAAUAUUCAAUAAUAAUGGCCAAUCAAUUCAAUCGAAUAUAAUUUCGGUAUUUAAUUUCAAACAAUUUUCCAAUCUAAUGCCAUUUCAAAUUGAUGAAGAAGAUUUGGAAUCCAGUGAUAAUCCAGUGAUAAAAAUCAGUGGUUACAUUUCGAAACCGGAUAAAGGUUGUGGUCGUUCACAACAAGAUCGGCAAUAUUUUUACAUAAAUAAUCGUCCAUGUGAUUUACCACAAAUUUGUCGCCAGAUUAAUCAAAUAUAUCGACAAUAUAAUCGUCAACAAUAUCCAUUCGUAGUGCUUCGAAUUGAUAUUGAAUCCGAUCAACAAUCAUCAAUAGAUUUGAAUUGUACACCGGAUAAACGAACAAUUUUAUUGGCUAAAAAUACAUUGAUUUUGCAAUUGAUUGAAAGAUCAUUGAUACGAAUGUUUGAUCGUGAUGAAAUGCAUAUGGUAACGAAUCAAACACAAACACAGAUUCGUUCGUUUUUAUCCAUUUCUGAUGGUGGUGGUGAUAAAUGUUCAACGCCAAUUAAAUCAGCAAUAAACAUUGAAAAUGAUGAUGAUGAUGAAAUAUUGGCCGAUAUUAGUCAGAUUCGUCCAUCGAUUGAUUCACAACCAAAACCGAAAUUUGUUCUGAUUCCCGAACCACAAUCACAAACAACAACAGUAGAAUUUAAACAUCCAUAUUUUGAGUCAUUAAAACUGACCAAGCCACCACCAAUGAUCAAUCAACCGAAGAAUGGUUCAUCCGAAAUGGACAUUAUACCGAAACGAAAAAAAACAAAACAUCAUCAGCAACAGCAACUACCGAUGACAAUAAUAACCACUACCGAUGAUAAUAUCGAUGAUGGUGGUGAUCAAUCAUUUCGUGAUGAAAUUAUUGUCGAUCAAACAAUUGAAAAUAUUUGUUCUGGUUAUCGUCAAAUAAAUCGAUCAUUCGACAAGCAAACCAUCAUACAAGAUGGCACCACCAAAGUUCAAAUUGAUAAAAAAUUAUUCGAACAUGCACAAAUUAUUGGCCAAUAUAAUCUUGGUUUUAUUGUCGUUCAUUAUGAUAAUAAUCUUUUUGUAUUGGAUCAACAUGCACUGGAUGAACGUUAUAAUUAUGAACGAUUAUUAUCAAAUCCACCAAUUAGUCGUCAACGAAUGGUUAUACCAAAACAAUUAAAAUUAUCAACAACAAGUGAAAUGUUAUUAUUGGAUAAUCUAAAGAUUUUUAAACAAUUUGGAUUUGAUUUUAAUGUUAACUUGAUUGAUACGAUUGGACAACGUAUUCAAAUUACACAGAUACCAAUUGCAAAUCGUUGGACAGGCAAUGAAACAGAUAUUGAAGAAUUGAUUUCCACUUUAUUCGAUACACCUUCAUUGGUUAUUGAUCAUCAUCAUGAAACAAUACAUUAUUCAAGAUUUAUGUUUAGUGGUUUGAAACGUGAAAUUGCAUCCCGUUCAUGUCGAUCAAGUAUUAUGAUUGGUGAUUAUCUAACAAGGUUACAAAUGAAAAUGCUUUUAGCUAAAAUGAUUGAUAUAAGAAAUCCAUGGCAUUGUGCACAUAAUCGUCCAACAAUAAGGCAUUUAAUUUCAUUAAAUAAUUUUUAAUUUUUAUUUGAAUUUUUUAUGA